AUGGCUUUUGAUUUAAACUGUUCACCUUCAACAGAUAAAGAAAAUUAUCCAUUUGAUUUGAAUAUUCCACCUGUUAGUAGUGAUGAUUAUGUUUUCCAAAUUGAAGACGUUAGGGAUGAUACUGAAUCAGUUCAUCCAAAUGAAGAAACACCGAUAACGGUCAUCUCGUCUUCGCAAGGUACUCUUUUAAUCGAUUUGAAUCCAAAUCUAACGGCGGGAUCAGAUGCACAACAUGUAGAGAUAGAUCUUAAUCAACUGUAUGAGGAAGAUGAAGAUCACUCUGCUGGAAACCCAGAACAAAACCAUCAUCAGUCAACAAAUGGAAAGAAAAAGAAUGUUACUAAUGCUCAAAGAUGGGCAAUUUAUUAUGCUUUGUUGGAAAGGAGUGUCAAAGGAAAGAUUGAUGGAACAACAACAAAAGAAGUCUCAGAGUUGUUCUCGAUUCAUCGUCGUACGGUGCAACGAAUAUGGGAACGAGCUAAAAAGACUCCCCUUGGUGCAUCAGUUGAUGUAUCUGAGCGAAAGACAAAAAACUGUGGUCGUAAGAGAGUUGAAAUUGAUUUACAACGGAUUGCUGACAUUCCUCUUCACCGGCGAACAACUUUGAGGUCAUUGGUAGAAGCACUUGGAGUUAGUUAUGUAACGCUAUAUAGACGACUAAAAGAAGGUCUUCUACGACGUCACAGUAAUGCACUGAAACCAUAUCUUAAAGAGGAGACUAAGAGAGCACGACUCCAGUUCUGCUUAUCUAUGAUCGAUCCACACAGUUUGAUUCACGAGCCAAAAUUUGUCAAUAUGUACAAUAUUGUACAUAUUGACGAGAAAUGGUUCUAUAUGACUAAGAAGUCAGAGAAUUAUUAUCUACUUCCGGCUGAAGAUGAACCAUUGCGGACAUGUCAAAGUAAGAAUUUUAUUGGGAAAGUUAUGUUUUUAGUUGCUAUGGCUCGUCCAAGAUUUGAUGUUGCUGGUAUUGAAGUAUUUUCGGGAAAGAUCGGUGUAUUUCCCUUUGUCACGAUGCAACCUACAAAAAGACGAAGUAGAAACAGAGAAGCAGGGGUCAUGGAAAUAAAACCGAUUACUUCCGUCAAAAGGGAACACAUAAAAAUGUGCUUAAUUGAAGAAGUUAUUCCGAGCAUUCACGGAAAGUGGCCAGCUGAAGAUUUGGGGAAACCUAUAUUCAUUCAACAAGAUAAUGCAAGGACACAUGUGAAUCCAAGCGAUAAAGAAUUUCAAGAAGCUGCUUCAAAAAAUGGGUUUGACAUUCGAUUGAUAUGUCAACCGCCGAGUUCUCCAGAUUUGAAUGUUCUUGACCUUGGAUUUUUUAGUGCUAUCCAAGCCCUACAACAUAAGGUAUGUCCUAAAACCGUUGAAGAACUUAUUGCUGCCGUUAGAAAAGCUUUUGAAGAAUAUUCAACGACGAAGAUCAAUCACAUUUUCCUGAGUUUGCAACUUUGUAUGCAAGAAACUAUGAGAGUUGGAGGAUCUAAUAACUACAAAAUUCCACACAUGAAGAAACAAGCAUUGGAAAGAGCAGGUCUUCUUCCUAAACAAAUAACGUGUGACCCAAGUAUUGUAGAGAGUGUGAGAAACCAACUACAAACUUAA